UCUCUCUCAGUAACUGCCUACGAUCGAGGGCGGCGGCGGUCGCUUCUGCUCUGGCUAGGCAUCACCAUGGCCAGGACAUUGAACGUCGCCCGCGCGCGGAUACCGCCGCGGCGGCGGCGGCGGCGGCAGAUACUUCUCGUGUCGCUCCUCCCACCCGAAAACCCUACGUCUGCCGCCGGCGUGAAGCAGGGGGCAGCCACCGACGGCGGCGUUGCGUUCGAGCAUGAGGCCACUAGGGAGCCUGUAUCGAGACGGACGCGUAGCCGCCGCCGCCGCGCCGCCUCCAUCGGCCGCCUCCCGGAGGAGAUCAUGUCGUUUGAGAUCUUCGUCCGCCUUCCGGCCAAGGACGUCCUCCGUUGCCGCGCGGUCUGCCGCUCCUGGCGCCGCCUCGCCUCGGUGCCUGAUUUUCUUCUCGCCCACCAUCGGCGUCAGCCGUCUCUCCCCCUUGCUGACCACUCACAUACAGAGAGCAAGUACAAAGGCUGACCUCCCAAUCUUGGGGCACGGCCCCGGUCGGGCUGUCCUUGGAUUGAACGAUUACGAUGGCUUUGAGUUGAAGGCCUCAUGUGAUGGCCUCCUCCUGCUUAGCCGUACUGGCGGCCGCUUUAGCAUCUGCAACCCGGUCACGCGUUAGUGCGCUCCACUCGCACGCCUCACCACCGAAGGCCGCCGCAGCAACAUCAAGAUAGCGGCGUUGUACCUGUACCGUCCGACGGGUGAGUACCGCAUCAUGUACAGGACAGGGAGUCACCAUGCCAAAGCAGCUGCCUGCUACAUCCUAACGGUCGGGCGUGGAGGCUCGCCGAGGUGUAUUGGAGUUCCUUCGGAUACCCUUGCCAUACGGAAAGGUAAGAUGACCGAGAAUGGAGUGGCCCCUAUUAAUGUGAGGCCUAUUAAUGUGAGCCCACCCGUCGUGUUUGGUGGUUGCCUUCAUUGGGAACCUGGCUGGCUUGGCUAUGAUGCCAACGAUAUAGUCGUGUUUGACACGGUGGCCGAGACAUUCAGGUCCAUGUGUUGCCCGCCUAGUGCUACGAGCUGCUGCACUCAUCUGUGUGAGAUGGAAGGAUUGAUUGGCUUUAGUUGCUUGGACGACGGGAGGACAGUCGCUAGAAUCUGGGUACUGGAGGACUACGAGAGGGAGGCAUGGUCGUUCAUGUAUCAUGUCAAAUUCCCUGCGGAGAGCGUGUGUCGCAAUAUAUAUACGCAACAUCUUGUUCUGUCCCACAAGGGAGACGUGCUGGUCCACAGUACGUACACAUAUUUCAUGUUUUGCUGUGACAGCACGGGCAAGUUCCUAGAGAAAUUCUCAUGGGAACCCAA